UUAAUCGCUUCCUGGAUAGCAGCAGGUACUUUUGCAGUUAGUUGGUCUCCAGUUAUCAGUUGUUUGUAUUGGUCAAAUUCUUAAAGCAUUGCAGAGGAAUGAAGUCCCUAUUUUAGCAGCUGGUGUCUGUUGGAAUCAGCAGGAGUAAGCUGUGUAACUGGUGGAUUAGAUGUCUGCCCACGGGGCUGUAGUCAGCAGCCUGUGACAGUAUUGAGAGAGGAAAAUGAAUUUAACACACGCAUUGCCUCAAUUUUUUUCAGAUGCUGGCCAGAAGAAGACCCCAGACAAGAAAGAUGGGCGACGAAUGUCUUUUCAAAAACCUAGAGGGACUCUUGAAUAUUCUGUGGAAUCAAAAGAUACUUUAAACAGUAUUGCCUUGAAAUUUGAUACAACACCCAAUGAACUGGUUCAAUUAAAUAAGCUUUUCUCGAGAGCAGUCGUUCCUGGACAGAUUUUGUAUGUUCCUGACCCAGACUACAUUUCUAGUGUGGACAGCUCCCCCUCUCUAAGUCCUGUAAGUCCCCUAUCACCUACAUCUUCGGAAGCAGAGCUUGACAAGGCUGCAGAUUCAGAUGGAGUCCAACAGAAGGAGUCAGCUGUUUCACCAGCGCAUGCAUGUGUUCGUCCUUCAAGAGUGGUAUCAUCUACCUCCGAAGAGGAGGAAGCAUUUACAGAGAAAUUUCUAAAAAUUAAUUGCAAGUACAUAACUAAUGGCAAGGGUACGGUCAAUGGUGUGCUGCUAGUGACGCCAAAUAAUAUAAUGUUUGAUCCUCAUAAAAUGGAUCCUCUGGUCCAAGAGAAUGGCUGUGAAGAAUAUGGCAUCAUGUGUCCAAUGGAAGAAGUGAUGUCAGCUGCUCUGUAUAAGGAAAUUGUGGACAGCAAAAUUAAGGAGUCAUUAAGCAUAGAUGUAGAACAGCUGUCAGUAAGAGAAUUUGGCCAUUCCAAGAAAGCUGCGAAGAGCAAUACAGAUGACACGGAUUCCAGGGUUCGGGACACGGGCAAUGACAGUGCUAGUACUGCCCCAAGAAGCACAGAGGAGUCUCUCUCAGAAGAUGUAUUCACAGAAUCAGAACUCUCUCCAAUACGUGAGGAACUUGUUUCCUCAGAUGAGCUUCGACAAGAUAAAUCUUCUGGAGCGUCAUCAGAAUCUGUCCAAACAAUAAACCAGACUAGUGCUGAAUGUUUAACAGUCAUUUCAGACUCAAAUGAAGCUGCCAGUGACUUAAAGCCCAGUGCUGAAGUGGUUGGAGAUGUUAAACCAUUUGGAACCCACUUAGGUUCAGAACAUGCUAAAAGGUCUAUAAAAGGGGGACAAGAACCUGGUGAAAAUACUGCAGAUGUCCUCCAGCAGUCUUUACAAAGAUCACAGGGUAGUGAGGAGCACAGCAAGGAGACAGAAGUCGCCAAGGAUCACAGUUCCUCAGUAGGAAAAAAAGCAGAUAAUGAGAUGGAAGAGGAAUGUCUGGGUUGCGAAGAUACUGCAGAUACCACAGACUCUAAAAAGCAAGAGACACCUAGCAAAAGAAAAGCAGUAGGAGAGCAAAGUCAAGACUCAACUUCAGAGGCAGAAGUUGAAGAACUCCGCAAGCUCUGGAAGACUCACACUAUGCAACAAACAAAGCAACAAAGAGAAAACAUGCACCAGGAUUCACAAAAAGAAAUCAGUCAGAAAGCUGUAUGUGUAGGAGAUGGGCGGUCAGAAGGUUCUUCUGUUGUGAAAGAAAAGAGACGGCAUCGUUCUCAUAAGUUUCUGUGUCUCAGGGUUGGAAAACCCAUGAGGAAAACAUUUGUUUCUCAAGCAAGUGCAACAAUGCAACAGUAUGCACAAAGGGACAAAAAACAUGAGUACUGGUUUGCUGUUCCACAAGAAAGGACAGAUCACUUGUAUGUCUUCUUUAUCCAGUGGAGUCCAGAAAUAUAUGCAGAAGAUACUGGGGAGUCUCUUCGGGAACCUGGAUUUAUAGUGGUAAAAAAGAAGGAAGAGCCUGAAACUAGUGAAGAAUCAAGUACUGAAGAUGCUGCUAAAGAAUGGGAGGUAGUGUCAGUGGCUGAGUAUCACCGCAGGAUCGAUGCUCUAAAUAGCGAAGAACUGCGCACACUCUGCAGACGUCUCCAGAUAACAACAAGAGAAGACACCAAUUCAAAACAGGCAACAAAUAUCAAAACAGACCUGGAGCCUGAAGCAUUCCGGCCAAAUCUUAGUGAUCCAAGUGAAUUACUACAGCCAGAACAAAUUGAAAAGCUCACAAAGUCUCUUCCACCACGGACUAUUGGCUACCCAUGGACUCUUGUCUACAGUACUGCAAAGCAUGGCAUGAGCUUGAAGACUUUGUAUCGGACAAUGAUGGGAUUAGACACACCUGUGCUGUUGGUCAUCAAAGACAGUGAUGGACAGGUUUUUGGUGCACUAGCAUCUGAACCGUUUAAAGUGAGUGAUGGCUUUUAUGGCACUGGGGAGACCUUUAUGUUCACUUUUUCUCCAGAUUUUGAGGUUUUUAAGUGGACAGGAGACAACAUGUUCUUCAUUAAAGGAGACAUGGACUCUCUUGCUUUUGGUGGAGGAGGAGGAGAGUUUGCUCUUUGGCUUGAUGGUGAUCUCUACCACGGAAGAAGUCAUUCAUGCAAAACAUUUGGGAAUCACACUCUUUCUAAGCGAGAAGACUUCACUAUUCAAGACAUAGAAAUAUGGGCUUUUGAAUAAGUAUUUCGCUAUUUCUACAGGUUAUUGUCCCAAACCUGACAUGAAUCAGUGCAGCUUAAAAAUCCCUAGGAGCAAUAUAAUGUAUUUUACUUAUCUGGUUUUUUUGGUUUUUUUUUUCUAAUUUUUCAGUGUGGCCGUUAGUUUUUAUUUUUAAAUAGCUCUUUCAUGCUCUUGCAUCUGUAAUAUACUAUCAUACUUUUUCUAAGCUGUAGACUCUUUUACAAAAUAUUGAUCUUGUGGACUAAAAGUUAACAUUAGUUACUUUGCAUCUUGUGGCCUGCAAAAUUUUCUUAUCUGUAUUACUGUUGCCUCCCAGGUUUCCCACACACACCUUUCCUGCAAUCCUGCUAGGGGGCUGCUUCAUUGAAUAUUAUUUUUGUAUUCAAAUUAUGUCUAUGAAUGAAGUUGCCCUCUGUGAACCUCUGAGAAAGCUGCGUGUGGGUAUUUGGCAGCAGCACUGCAGAGCUUGGUCCAGACCCAUGAUGGGUUAUUCAAGUGGUGCCACAAAUGGGUGAGAAGCUGAGCAUUCCUUCUUAAUGCAUCCCAGUACACACCUGCUGUAGUUAGAAGAUAUCCAAAGUCACCAGUGCCACUUGUCUUGUUUCUUGUUCAUGUGUAGAAAAAAGUCAGUUAAUAUGUGUUGUAGCUGCAUGCUGAUUGUAUUUAAAGAGUGCUUUGCACAUGCUGUUAAUGAUCCGCAGGUUUGGGACAAAUACUGACAAUAUUGAGCUAAGUGGCAAAGACUACAAAAUAGCAAGUGAAUGUAAGAAUAUGAUAGUUCCAAAAAAUUAAAAGGCUAAAGCAAGUAAAACUCAGUGAACAAUUUGUAGCUAUAGUGGGGCAUUAAAAGUACAGAAACAGAUGCAUCUUUCUUCAACAUAAAGUGUCAGAUAUAUACUGUUAUACUGUUGUAGCCGUGUAGCACAUCAGCUCCAAGAAUAUAGCUUAUUCCUGUCCAAAGAAAAAUAUUAUUUGUGAUGUUUUUGAGUGGGUCUAUGUUGUAAAUUUACAAUUAGCACCAGCUCUGAUUAAAAUGACAUCAUGUAUCAUAGGUAGACAAUAUUGUAAUUCAGUAGACUUGUGGAAUAUGCAAAUUUACUGUCAUGUGACCUCAAAAAAUAAAUGACAGGCUAGAAUACAGUUCCAGUAGCUCUUGUCCACUUUUGUAGGAAACUUGAUAAGCCAUUGUGGCAAUAACAGAUCUCAAAACUGUUUGUUUCAAAGCUUUUAUUCUAUGUUCUGCAAAAAAAAAAACCAAAAAACAAAAAAAAAAACAAAAAACAAAAAAAUUGCUGUUAAGUGUGACAGUGACUGACUUUGUGCUGAAAUUUCAGCUAUUUCAGACAAACAUUGUAUAUUUUCUUGUAAAUUAAUGUUUAAAGUAGUUUUGUUAUUAUAGAAAAGUGUUGAUCGACGGGUUGCUUAUAGCACUUUAAAUUAUUCUAGAAAUGGAAUAAAAGCCAAGUGGGUUGGCUUACAUAGAUGUAGUUGUAUAUUUCAAAAUAUUUACAUUUCUGGAAAGUUAAAAAAACUUAUUUGAAGACAGCUUAUUGCUAUGGUAACAAGAAAGGGCAGAUGUUUCUUCUAUAAUAUGCUAAUGCUCAAUAUGAAUAGAAAAACAGGGCUUUGUUUCCUGUCUCUAUGUAUAUCUCUUUAUCCUUAUUAGAACUUAGUACAAUGUGUAGAGUAAAUGUUUACAAAAAAAGGAACUGUAAAUAAAUUGAAAUGGCUUUUCUCCCCUUUGGUCUUCCACAGCAGUAUUAUUGUCUUCGUGGAGUUACAACUGAUUAUUACAACAAAAAAAAAAUCCUGUGAUGGAUUUCCAGUACUAUAAGCUCACAGUGAUGUAUAGCAAAUAAAUCUAAAUAUAUGUAAAAAUAAAAUUGAGUUGGAGUUUAUUUAGAAGGUGGAGUUUGUGGAAGCACAAAUGCCAUUUUUUGCUGUUCAUUUAACAACUGAAUGUAUAGGAUGCAUUUUCUCAUCUUUUUUGGCAUUUCUGAGACUUUUUAAAGCCCAGUGGGAAACAAUGGGAAUGAAAUAGAUCUUUGACCAUUUUGAAGAGGGAGAGGGGCAAAGUCUGAGAUCAUCCUUGCUGACAAAAUCAUUAUUUCAACUGCAGAGUCUCUAUCCUGAGCUCAUAUUGCAAAUAAAGCAUAUUUUAGUUUUUUUAGAGGGUGGUGUGAAGAAUUUUAAGAAUUAUACUUUUAAGAAUUAAAUGAAAGCGCACAAAUAUCUUUAGUCGCUGAAUGUUUCCAAGUGUUGGACCAGCCUCCGAAAAGCAAAUAGGAAGCAAAAAAGUGGAAGUCAAAGAUGGUGUUUAGUAAGCAGUACAGUAGCAAUCAUGCUUCCAAAGUGCUAAGUUAGUUAAGGAAUAGAAGGACAUUUGAUGUAAAGCAUAAGUGACUGUGGCAACACUUGGUGAAGCAACUGGCUGUGUAAGGGAUCUGUAGAAAGUAGCAUAUGUCUAUUUAAACAAGACGAUGAAUUUUAUUACCAGAAGUAAUUUCUGUAUGACACACAUAAAAGGCACUGUCCUGAUGUCCCCUCUGCCUUCAAUUCAUUAUCCUUUUUCUGCAGUACAAUUCAUUUCCAUCUUCCUGGCACGGUUUGUUUCUGUGAUUGUAAAGCAUUGGGGUUUGACAUUCACUGAAGACUUAUGAGACCCAUUAUCUGGAGUUUGCUGCCAGAAGACUGUGUCUCAGCACACAGUACUUGGAUGGAUUCACUGAGUAAUUUGAUGUUUUAUUUGGGUACCUGGGAUCCAAACGUGGCAUUCUGCAAGUAAGAUCUCUUGGCUCUAAAUCCUGUCUGUAUUAGUUACGGCUUUUGUGCAAUCUGCAAAAAGGUCAUAAUUUAUGACAUACUGCUUGUGCUUGCAUCUUCCCACUCACCUGUUUAUAUUGCAUUAGAGUUAUUUCUUUGGUACAGAAAUUAGAAUGUCUGCAUAAAAUUUGCGCUUGGAAGAUGAGUAAGAACACUGGCUAUUCCUUCAGCUCCAAAUAAAAAAAUAAUGAUCUUGCAUUGUGCAUUGACUAUUUGAAUGUUAAAUCUCACUUUUAUGUUCUCACUUAAUAAAAGGACAG